AUGGCUCCAAAUGUGGCGCUGCCAACGGCAACACCCACGCUGGGUCCAACGCGAUUACUGGAUUUCUUACAUGUCCCGAGACUAGAGGAUAAGAUUUCGCCCAAUGCGAAUGACCCACGAAAAGAAACUGCUUCUGGGAUGGUGUUCUUAGGCAUAUGUCUGUGUAUUACAUUCGCACUCGCAGCUCCCAUGAUAGGGAUAUGGCUUGCUGAUCGAAUCAAAAGGCGAAAACUGGACCCUUUCAAGAAGCUCCGAGAUUUAGAGCGCAAAGGACGACGCCCAGGAAUAGAUCCACCUCCGUACAAAAAGACUCCACCCAAAGAUUCCAUAUGGGCUCGACAGGAGAGGUAUAAAACCAAGAAGCCGCCGAGAGCCAUCACCUCAGACCAGGUUUUGGGUAUCGAUAAAACAUCAUAUCUACAACGCAUCGUACCUCAGAGUGAAGGAUCAUCGCAGCUACUUACAGUCGCGCCUGCGCACAUCGGAUGGGCCAGGCAAAAGGUUACGUCGGCAGAGGACGAAGAGCAGUAUAUCAGCCCGUGGGAUGCAGAACAUACUCCGAAUCCGGUUAUUUUCCCAUGGCUUCAACGGAAACAGCUGUCCGAAGACAACAUCAAUGGCAAAAACUGCGAAAGAUUGCAAGUGAUGACAAUGUCCAGUACUUCAUCACCACUGAUAGCUGUCUCGCCAGUGGAAGGCUCCAAACAUGCCCCUAUCGAGAAUCCUUUCCUUGAUUCUCCUACAGAAUACACAAGCUCUCCACCAGAUAGUGAGAAGUUCUACGAACCCUCCGAAAUGGUCUCCAGGAAGCACACGGCAUCCGAUCAACUGGACGAUGCUGCACAACCGUCUGAUCAUUCAUCAUGUCUCUAUCGAUGUGAUACAUGCCAAACAUCAUAUCAUUCGCAAGGACAACUGAAUGUGCAUCUCAAUCGCAAGCAUCGCCGUAGAUAUCGCUGCAAGCACUGCGACUCAGCUUUCGCGCUAAAAGCCGAUCUCAAGCGACAUGAGCGUGGCGUUCACAAGGAUAUGUACGCAGUCAAAGCGUUCUAUUGUGCCAAUCCAACCUGCGCAAUACCCGAGAAGAAGUUUACGCGCAGGGAUAAUUUCGAAAGACAUGUGCGAAGAUGCCGUAGUCGCGGAACAGGAUGA